AUGAUUAUUAGUGGUAUGUUAAGAGCUCAACAAAACAAGAGUAAUCAAUUUGCUUCCUUUUCUGACAGAUCAACUCAACUCAGACAUCUCCGAGUCGUCAUGGGUUUUUAUGAGUUUGCUGGAGGUUUGGCUGUAUAUGCCAAGAACUUUCCAUAUUUGGAGGAGUUGCACAUGCACUUCAACUUAAUUACUCAAGAGGAUAUAGACAGUGUUGGUCGUUCUUGCUCUCUACUUAAGUCAUUUUUAUUGAAUGCCUAUGCAUGUGAUAGACCUAAAAAUUUACAUCCAGAUGAUGGUCAAGCUCUAGCUAUUGCCAGAAGUAUGCCUGAGUUACGGCACCUUGGAUUUCUUUUGAAUACCUUGACAAAUGUAGGACUUCAAGCCAUUCUUGAUGGCUGUCCACACCUUGUAUCGCUUGACUUGCACUACUAUAAUAUUGAUCUUGAAGGGGAUAUAGGAAGAAGAUGCAGACAACAGAUUGUAGAUCUAAGGCAACCUCAUGCUUCCACUCAUGAUUAUGAAUUUGAUUAUGAAGUUUGGUUGUACUUCAAUUACUGGUCUUCUGAUAACUACGAUAGUGCAGAUGAUAGUGAAGAUGAAAACUGGUAA